CAGAAGAAAUCCCAAAAACUUCCUCCCUGACGUAGUUCCGAUGUUAUACACGUGUUGUGAGCUGAUCUCUAGGAUAAAAACUUCACGUAUACCUCUACAAAAUCUCUGGAUUUAAGCGACUAAGUGAUCGAAAUGCCUAAAGUUAAAGCAGAAAAGAAAUCUCGACAACACCAAGAGGUGAAAAGUCAAGGGAUCAUGUUUAACACGGGUAUUGGACAGCAUAUUCUGAAAAAUCCCUUGGUGGUUAACGGCAUUAUUGAGAAGGCAGCCUUGAGACCAACGGAUGUAGUGCUGGAGGUCGGACCUGGAACUGGAAACAUGACAGUGAAGCUUCUGGAAAAGGCCAAAAAAGUAGUAGCGUGUGAGCUGGACACCAGGCUCGUGGCUGAACUACAGAAACGAGUGCAGUGCACACCGAUGCAGACGAAGCUUCAGAUUUUGGUUGGUGACGUUUUGAAGACUGAACUGCCAUUCUUUGAUGUGUGUGUAGCAAACUUACCCUAUCAGAUAUCAUCACCCUUUGUCUUCAAGCUGUUACUUCACAGACCUUUCUUCAGAUGUGCAGUGCUGAUGUUCCAGAGGGAGUUCGCCAUGCGGCUGGUGGCAAAGCCUGGAGAUAAGCUCUACUGCAGACUUUCCAUCAACACACAACUACUGGCCAGAGUGGACCACCUCAUGAAGGUUGGGAAAAACAAUUUCAGACCUCCUCCUAAAGUGGAAUCUAGUGUGGUCAGGAUAGAACCAAAAAAUCCACCACCUCCCAUCAAUUUUCAGGAAUGGGAUGGUCUUGUCAGAAUUGCAUUUGUAAGAAAGAACAAAACUCUGAGCGCAGCCUUCAAGUCUGCUGCUGUUGAGCAGCUUUUGGAGAAGAACUACAGAAUUCAUUGCUCCAUGCACAGUAUAGAAGUACCACAGGACUUCAGCAUUACCCAGAAACUUGAGAGCGUUCUACAGGAAGCUGAGUUUAGUGAAAAACGGGCACGAUCAAUGGACAUAGACGACUUCAUGGUACUACUUCAUGCAUUCAAUUCAGCUGGGAUCCACUUUUCCUGAAGCGCCAUCACAGGCUGGAUUGUUUAGUGAUAUUGAUGAUCACACAUUUUAUUUAUAGUGUGCCUUCAGUUCCAUGUUAAUCUCAAGGUGUUACAUUAUCCUAAAAUGUACAAUAAUAAACCAAACUUUUUCGACAAAAUUGUGUUUUAAGCCAGUUUGAGAACUUCGUAUAUAAACAGUGAAUUCAAUUUUAAAUAGGGGUGAAAAUAUCUUGAUUCUCUUUUCAAAUGGUUCUGCAUCCAUGCACAGAUCACAGAUUUAUUAUAUGUUUAAUGAAAAGCUACAACAUUGUUGCCAUUCUCUGUGAACCAAGCACGUUAGAAACUAGCUAACAAACAUGAAGAUGAACAAACUCUGAUCCAUGCCUUCCACUUGAAAUUUGGAUUUUAUGAAUGACAAAAAAAAAAUUUUUUUAAAUAAUAAUAAUAAAAAAUCUGGACAGGAGGCAUGCCAUGUCUGAAGUCCAUCACACCAAGAAAUGAUUUUGGGAAUACAACAAAGGAAAUUUCAUGGCAACAGUCUGCUCUUCCUGUUCAACAUAGAAGCCUCGGUGUAUAGAACCGAGAUUCAUCAAGACGCAUCAAGAAUGACUUUUGUUAUCGCAGUGUUGCUGCCUGAAUUGAAAUUACGUUGGCGCCUAAACUUUCUCACCUCCAAUUUGAAAAGAACUGAAAUGAAAACAUGAAAUGUUAAGAGAGAAGCUGGGAAGUCUCAGGCUGUAUCAGUAACCAGUGGAGGAGUGGAAGAAAAGCUGAUGCAGUUACAAAUGUAACUGAUUUUAUUGAUCUAAAGGAGACGGUGAGGUGGUUAUACUUCUCUUCUGUUACCUCCAUAAAAGAGGAAAAUUGGCAUAAGGAACCAUUGCACCUGUUGGAAUACAUUUCUUUUAGCAGGCUAUAACAGGACUAUGGUGUUGUGG